AUAUGAAAGUAUGAAGAAAUGUUACGUACGGCUUGUUGACAUUUCCAAUACAAAUCAUUGUCAGUUGUGUGGUAAAUUGUUUGCUUCUGUAAAGCAACUCAAAAAGCACUACUUCAAUGUGCACAAGAGAAAGAAACGGGUUGUCUCAUCAAAACGAUUCACCGCAAAGGUCGGCAAAAAAAAUCCUCAUAAAGUGGAGAGUGAAAAAGACGACAAAUGUAAAUGUCCUCUUUGUUCACGACUUUUCAAGUACUCCCACAACAGGGCUCGGCAUUUGCGUGACUGUGUCAGAAAUGAAAUAAGUGGUGGAAAGAAAAAGAUUGGUGACAAAUAUGUGUGUCCAUUGUGUAGAACUACCUUCAUGUCAACAUCUGCCAGAUAUAGACACAUUAAAACCAUUUGCUUGCGAGAAUAUCUUGACCGACUUGCAGAUGAGAAAAGGAAAAAGACGCUUCAGACCAAACAGGAAGGAGAACUAAGACCACAGUCAAAAGAUGUGCAAAAAAUACAAGUGAAAGCACUCCCAGAUUCAACAAGCUCCAAGACGGUCUUAUUCUACAAAUGCAAUCACUGUCCAGCAGUUUUUCAGAAUCCCUCUGGAAAGUAUAGACAUAUGAAAAAGCAUGAGUUAUUUAAACUCACUGGGAAAAUAAUCAAGUAUAGACGUUCUGUUUUCUCUGUGUCUAAACCAGAGUUUCUGAGUAAUACAAAGACUGAAGAGAGUACCAAUCAAUCAGAAACUGUUGAAGCUGUUGUAAAUCAAGCUCUGAGCUGUCGCUUUUGUGGAAAAACUUUCAGCAUUUUGCUGUCACUAAAGAGACAUGAGAGAAAUCAUAGAGGUGAAAGACCAUAUCGCUGUCUAGAAUGUAGAAAGGGAUUCAAGAAACGCACCCAUUUGGUUACUCAUAAACUUAUUCACCAGAAAAGAUACAAUUGCACUGUCUGCAAAAAAAAAUUCCUAACUGUCGGAGAACUGCUUCAGCACAGGAAAUCACACCUUGAAAGGGGGAAACUUCAGUGUCCUGAGUGUCCAUCACAGUUUGAUUAUCCUGCUCGUCUAUUAAGACAUAUUCCAAUCCACAAAAAUAAGGACUUAAAACCAAAUCAACCUGAAGAGGAAAUGCCAUCAAAGGAACAGCAGCCCUUGGAAACUGCCAAAAAAGAGAGUGCACCAAAACAGUUGCAAUGUUCCUUAUGCAAAAAAGUUUUUGAUGAUUCUAAUAUACUAAGAAAACAUUGUCUUACACAUAUUUCAAAGUCCUCUUCAUGCCAAUGUCCAUUUUGCAAGAAACAUUAUCCUGAUCGCCGCAAUUUACUGCGCCAUAUGGUCAGACAUUCUGGAGACAAACCAUUUUCCUGUACCAACUGUGGAAAGCAGUUUUAUAGAUCCAUAUACCUUAAAAUGCACAGUCUGAAGUGUUUGCCAUCUCAGAGUAGUCGCCUUGACAAAACUAAUUCACAUAAACGUUUGCAGUGUUCUACGUGUCCCAGGAGUUUUACUAGAAAAGACCGUUUUCGAAGGCAUCUUGAGGGCCAUAAGGCAAAUCGUCUGUUUCCUUGUGAAAGAUGUGGUGUGUUCUAUGGGAAACCUAAAAUAAGUUUUCAUAAAACAACCUGUGGGGAGACUGCAAGUCUCUCUGUUGAUGACACACUGGCUGCAGGGUAUUCCAAACAACGUUCCACAAAAAUAAGCAAGAACAACCAAGAAGCAUCUUCAAAAAAGAGCCAGAACAUCCAUAAACCACCACCACACUCUACUGCAUCCAAAUUACAUCGUUUUAAAUGCCCUUACUGUCCACAGAAGUUUAAGUACGCAUCCUAUUACUUGAGACAUCUUGUUUCACAUACUGGCGUGCAACCCUAUGCAUGCACACGCUGUGGCCAAAGAUUCAAAAGUCAGGCAUUGCGUUUUAGUCAUGAAGAAUCUUGUAAUGGUAUUAAAAUUUCAAAGCAGUCAAAACCCAAAAGUGAUGGUGAAACAAAAAUGGAUACUCUUAUAGAGGCAAUUCAGAAGCCCCCAACAGAGCAGGAAACUGAGUACAAGUGUAAAUUCUGCACCAAAGUCUUUAUGAAACCACAAAGUUUAAGAAAUCACAUUUUGAAACACAAUGAGGUGAAGCCUUAUCGCUGUAAAGCCUGUGACAGCUGCUUUUCAAGAUACGAUCAUCUGAAGAUACACCAGUCUCACUGCAAUGGUAAAAAAACACGUCUGGAGAUCAGAAUUCCCAAAAUCAGUCUAGAUGAUGUUGGCAGAGGCUGGCAAACCAAGUUUAACGUCGUUCCUCUUGAUAAGCAGGAGACAUUUGAUUGUAAAGUCUGCUUGAAAAGCUUCUCAACACAGUCCAAACUUUCCAGACACAAUACCAUGUUCCAUUCUAUAAAACAAUUCAAGUGCAUGUGCUGUGGUUCUGCUUUCUCUCAUGAAAAGACAUUAAAAUCACACCGGAAGUGGAAAAGGUGCAGAAAACCAACCAGGGAUACAAACGUUUCCCUGACUGAUGACAAUAAUCAACCAACAGAAACUGUGCCAAAACCACAGAGUGACACCAGAAAUCGUAUCGUACUGAAGAUCCAACCUUUUAUUAAUAAAAAAUUCAAGUAUGUAUGUAGUUACUGCCCCCGCACUUUUAAACACAGUGGUCCAUUAAAUGUGCAUCUUCGUUUACACACGGGAGAAAAGCCAUAUUCCUGUGAGUAUUGCAACGAGAGAUUUAUAAGGAGGGAUUAUGUCCACCGUCAUUAUUUAAAGUGCAAGAACAAACUUCAGCACAACAAACAAAUGCUUUGUGACAGAUGUGGAGGAUUUUUCCCAGAAGAAGAGCUUAAAGAACACAAACUAAACUGCUCUGUCAGACCACAUCUCUGCGAAUACUGUGGAGAAAAAUUUGUAAAGAAGGAAUAUUUGGUGCGUCAUUUAUUAAUGUGCAACAAGAAACCUCGGAGUGGUGAUAUGCUCUGUGACAGGUGUGGAGGAUUUUUCCCAGAAGCCAAGCUUGACGAUCACAAAAAAGUUUGCACUUCAAAACCAGGGUCACCACCAGUCCCCAAAAUCAAGCAGCCAGACACUCAAAGCCCACCAAAAGGUUUUUCUUGUGCUUAUUGUAGUACUCGUUUUUUGCUGUUUUCACAGCUCCAAGAGCACUUUUUAAGCACACACAAGACAGAAACCAUGAGUCCACCCGAGUCUACAGCUCCCCUGCAACAACUUCUGUCUGAUAUACCAAACAUAAAAGAAGAGCCUGUGGCUGAGAGUUGUGAGGAAAGGCUUUUUGAAGGUGCAAAUGUUAUCUGUAAACCAGAUACAGCACCUAAGAGUGACAUCUCUCUACAGUUUGUCUGCCCACAGUGUAAUAUGUGUUUUACCAAUAAAGCUGGACUAAUUGGUCAUCAGCGUGUGCAUGCCACAGAAACUCCAUAUAACUGUAAAUUAUGCAAGAAGGGCUUUUGGAAUAAAUUUCUACUCCGAAAUCACAGAAGGAAAUGUAAACCAAAUGCAGCCCAAGAGCUUGAAGGUCCUUUAAAAGCAAAAAUUGAUUUUGCACUUCAAGACUCUGAGUUUGUAUUCAAAGACUCUGAAACACCAGCCAACACUGAGGUUUUGCAAACCGACAUUCCUUGCAAUGAAGAGUCCGAGAACGAGUCAUCAAGAAGUUCUCAUGAAAUUCAGGAGCAGAACAGCUUAAGUACAGAAAAGAAAUCUGUGCAGUAUCAGUGUUCAGAAUGUAAUAAAAGUUUUACUGAUGGCCUGUUACUCAUAAGCCACCUUGAAGACCAUGGAAGGGAGGAACAAGAGAGAAAGCAAAAUAAAUGUUCAUUGUGUGGGAAGAUAUGCUCUAGUCAAGGGAAUCUAGAAAAACACAUGAGGAUUCAUGUAAUUAAUCAAAAAUACUCUUGUGCCCACUGCUCCAAAGUGUUUCCCACAAUGUCUGAUCUUGAAAAACACAAAACAAGUCACGAUCCAAACAAGCCCUUUAUUUGCAAAUUAUGUCAACAACGGUUCUGGACAAGACCAGCUCUGUGUGACCAUUACAAAGCAGAACAUGCAGAUAAUGUGUUCUAUUGUCAGUUCUGCAGUAAAGUCUAUCCCAUCAAGAAAUCACUGACUUAUCAUUGUAAGAAAUGGCAUGCAAAAGAGUGGAAGGAUGUUAGGAGUGCAAGGUUGGAAAAAGGUACCAAUGAACAGCCGUCUAGCAGUCAUGUUAGUACAAAUGGUGAAAGCGACGAGGAUGAAAUUGAGGACAGUGACAGCGACUCUGACUCUGCACCAUAUUUCCCAUGCCAUGUGUGCGGGAAGACGUUUCCAACGUCAGAAAGUCUUGAGGAUCACCAACUGUGUCACCUGGGCAAAAAGCCACAUGAAUGUGCAGAAUGUGGCAAAUGUUUCUUCCAUGCAUCACAGCUGCAGCAUCACCAGCGAAUGCACAAGUCUGAAUUUCAGUGUCAAACAUGUGGCAGGGGCUUCGUUUCUCUCUUUGCACUGCGAACCCACAAGCAUACUCAUGGGAAGAGUCGCCAGUGCCGUUGUUCCAAGUGUCACCUCUUCUUUACUGGCCCCAUGCAGCUUGCAGAGCACAUGUCUACCCACCGUGAAGAGAGCUUUCCAUGUGAUAUAUGCAAUAAGGUCUUUCAGUCCAAGAGUAGUAGAGUUGAGCAUCGGAAAAGCCAUUCUGCAUCAUUUGAUGAGCUUUCAGACUCUAGAGGAGAUCGUGAACUGUCUGAAAGCCUCAUUGGAUACAGCUCAGAGUUCAGGUAUCGCUGUGGUAUUUGUAGAGAGCGCUUCAGAGACCCAGAAGAGCUUUCAGAACAUGGCUGCAUGGAAGCCAAAGAGCGACCCUAUUCCUGCACGAGCUGCAAUCAACACUUUCUUCAUGCAUCUCAUUUAAAAAAGCACAUGAACACCCAUCAGCCAUCAUGGUCUGCUAGAGAGUAUCCAUGCAAUCAGUGCAACAGUAGUUUUUCCUCCUCACAACAUUUCCUCAAACAUCUCAAGACCCAUGUCAAUGCCUCAUCAGGAGUUCAAAGAGAUGGGUUCAUAUGCCCAGUUUGUCAUCUGUGUUUUGCCAAUGCUGCUGAACUGAUGGACCAUUUUCCAACACAUCCCGAUAAUGCAACUGAUGGAAAAGAACUUCAGCUUGACCCCUCUGAAAGUGAGCUUGAAAAACGGAAGCUGCUUCAUUCAACAUCGACUUCAGAGUAUGAAUGCACAAAGUGCAGUGGGACCUUUUUGGGGGGUGACUCUUUUCAUCGUCACAAAUGUUUCCAACAGCAGGCAGUGGUGCAGAGCAAAUACCCAAGUCCAACUCAUCAUGUAGCAGCGGAGGAAGAGGAUAUUGAUGUUACUGGAGAGGACUUGUACACGUGUAAUGACUGCUCAAUGCAAUUCUCCUCCAAAAGCAGUCUGUUGGACCAUCAGAACAUGCACCACCUGAAUAGAAAGCAUUUCACUUGUGAUCAUUGUGGAAAAAACUUUGCCAGGAUGUCAUAUCUUAAAAAGCACAAGAAUAGACUUCUUUUAAAAAAGCUCUCAAACAACGCAGCUGAACUGGUCAUAAAAAAGUUCAAAUGUGCCCACUGUACUGAAAAAUUUAUUACUGCCCAAGAUUUGUCUUUACACAUGAGACUGCAUGCUGAAGAACAAGCAGGAGAAUAUCGCUGCGACAUGUGCUACAAGUCAUUCAGCAAACCUUCUCUUUUGAGGCAUCAUCAAGAGAGUCAUGUUGGUGAGGUUGUAUACGAGUGCACGGAAUGUGACAAAGCAUUUGCUUUUCCUCACCUUCUGGAGGAGCAUCAACAGACUCAUGCAAGAUCCUCCAAGGAAUAGUACCAACACAUUUAUUGUGCAUACCCUUUGAUAACUAAGGUGUUUUGAAUAGUCUUCAUGCCUUUCACCUGUGUACCUCUACUUGUACUUAAAACUUUGGUCCUUUUUUGCCCUCGUUGUAUAUUUA